AUGGCGGACCUGCUGGGCUCGAUCCUGAGCUCCAUGGAGCCGCCGCCCGGGCUGGACGACCGCGAGGCCCGGCGCGCCAGAGAGCAGAGCGCGCGGCUGCGGACGCUGCAGGAGCAGGAGAAGCGCCAGAAGGCCGCCUUCCGCAAGAGGAUGGAGCGGGAGGUGUCGGCCUUCCUGCAGGAGAGCCCCGAGCCCCGCCGCCGCUUCCGCCCCAUGAGCAAGAUCGAGCGCAGCAUCCUUGAGUGGGGGGCGGGGGUAAGGNCGCGCUACGUGAUGCUCUUCAAGAAGGAGUUCGCGCCCUGCGAUGAGGAGCUGGAGGCCUACCGCCGCGGGGAGGACUGGGACCCCCGGCAGGCCGAGGAGCGGCGCCGGGCCAAGGAAGCGGCGGCGCGGCGGGCGGCGGAGGAGGCGCUGCGCGGGCCGGCCGAGGUGACCCCCCCGAGCGACUACAAGGACAAGUACAGCCACCUGAUCGGCCGGGUGGCCGCCAAGGACGCCGCCCAGGCCAUGGAGGCCAACAAGGCCUACGGCUGUGUGCCGGUGGCCAACAAGCGGGACACGCGCUCCAUCGAGGAGGCCAUGAACGAGAUCCGGGCCAAGAAGCGGCUGCGCCAGAGCGAGGAGGUGGCCAAGAGCUCCUAG